GUGGGAUCGUUGAAACAUUCGCGACUCUAUAAUCAGUUCAAGUAAUUCGCUUGACGUGAUAACAACGUUCCGUUAGUAAAAUGUUCAGUGCACGAUUAUUCAUCAAAGCUCAGCUGCUGCUACUGAUGCUAAUGGGCCCAAGUGUGGCGCUGCCCGGCAGAGAAAGCUUCUUGGAGUUGCGUAAGCUGCUCAGGCAACAGCAACAUGACGAGCAACAGCUCAAGGAACAGCAGUUCAACGAGGACCUCAACUCCUGGGCCCAAUCCCUGGAGCAACUGGGUCUAGAUCUAGCCGGAUUUGUGAAUCAGUGUCGUCCACGGGGUAGCCGAUGUGGCCAGCGACUAGUGCAGCGCCAACUGCGUUCGCUGAGACGCAACCACAGUGAUCUGCGCGCCCAGCUGGAGACCCUUGAGAUCAGCUACGUGGGCAAGAUCAGCGAAGAGGAACUGCUGAUGCCCACAUUGCGGGCUGUGAGAACGGUACUGCAGCAAUACGAGAACUUUCUAAGGCUGAUUAACACAGAGGCCUACAAAUUAGUGAACCAAUAGAGUAUCUGACUCCUG